CGGCCCGGCCCGGCCCAGCCGCUCCCGCUGGGCGCCCCGACGGGGUCCGGCCCGGGGGGCGGGGGCCGCGGCGCCGAGGAUGGGGAAAUCCAACAGCAAGUUGAAGCCCGAAGUUGUGGAGGAGCUGACCAGGAAAACCUACUUUACCGAGAAGGAGGUGCAGCAGUGGUACAAAGGCUUCAUCAAGGAUUGCCCCAGUGGGCAGCUGGACGCAGCCGGCUUCCAGAAGAUCUACAAGCAGUUCUUCCCGUUUGGAGACCCCACCAAAUUUGCCACCUUUGUUUUCAACGUCUUUGAUGAAAACAAGGACGGGCGGAUCGAGUUCUCCGAGUUCAUCCAGGCGCUGUCGGUCACCUCGAGGGGGACCCUGGAUGAGAAGCUGCGGUGGGCCUUCAAGCUCUAUGACCUGGACAACGACGGCUACAUCACCAGGAACGAGAUGCUGGACAUUGUGGACGCCAUUUACCAGAUGGUGGGGAACACCGUGGAGCUCCCCGAGGAGGAGAACACCCCUGAGAAGCGGGUGGACAGGAUCUUCGCCAUGAUGGACAAGAACGCCGACGGGAAGCUCACGCUGCAGGAGUUCCAGGAAGGCUCCAAGGCGGACCCCUCCAUCGUGCAGGCGUUGUCCCUCUAUGACGGGCUGGUAUAGUCCCGGCCGUGCCCGAUACCUGGGAACCUCUCACCUCCUCCCUGCCUUGAGACCACCUCCUCAAGGGACACCGCCCUCCUGUGUCCACCGGCCUCCCUCACCCUCCACACCCCGCCGGGCAGCCCUCCAGCUGUGCGGUCUGGCCCUCCUCGCCCCUGCCCUGCACCCCAUGCCGCCUGAAGCCACCGGCUCCAAUCGCCAACCACCUCUGCUUGCGCGGAAAGCGCCACUGGGAAGGGAGCGGCUCCAGCCCUGCACAGCCAAGGACUUGCUGCCCCGGCAGGCGUUCCUCCCGCUCUCGCGCGCGUGCUUUUGUUUUUUUUAUUUCAAACAGACAUUGUAAACGGAAAAAAAAAAAACCAACUACCUUCUGUCCUAAAGAUAUGGACUGACAGAUGGGGAGAAGGCCUCGGGUCCGGGUCCCGAGAACUCUGCCUCGUCCUUCGGUAGCCAGAGAGGCCACGGGAAGUCACGGCCUCAGGUGCGGGUGGGCUGGGGUGUCUGGGGAGCCCCAAAUAAUGAUCAACACUAUUCGUCGUCUUAGCAGCAAAACCACCUGCGUGGCUAGGAUGAUUAAUUCUGAUGGAUGAUUUUUUUUGUGAUAACAGUAUUGUGCUUUUUGUGGGGAAAGUGAGGUUUUUUUUUAUACAUAUGUAAUUGAUAUCUUAUUUAUUGGUUGUUAACUAUUGCUGCUGCCUCGUGUGUCCUCAGCUCCCAGGGAUGCGGGGCCCACCGUUUACAUGUGCACGCCUUCACCCACCUGCCCGCGCUUGGGAGGAUGGUGGCCUGCAGUGGCCAAGAAGCCAAAAAACUUCUUUUUUUGUGUUUUUUGUUUUCUUUCCAGAUGCCAUGCUUGAUGUUGGAGAGGGGAAGGUGGGUUUCUUAAAUGGCUGAUGCACUGUUCCCUCCAGCCCGAAUGCCUCCACCUUGAACCCCUUCUCUCUGCUCCCGCCCUGUGCCCGCCCCCGCGCCCACAGCAUCUUCCCCGAGGACAGACAGGGCACCUCUUUCUGUCCCUCGGCGCUGGCUUUGGUGUUUUCCACAGCAUGAAGUUUGCAGAGGCUUGUCCUGUGGCCAGGAGCCAGGACGGGGGGCUGGUUACAGUAGCAAAGGGCAAGGGAAGGGGUGUCUCUGCAAGCACGUGAGCAGAGGGCCAGGCCACUUCUCUCCUGGGGGGGUUUUGAAAACAGCCGCUGGGUCUCCUGCCCUCUGCUCUCCUGCCUUCUGUCUGCCCGUCCCGUGGACAACACAGCCACCUUCUGCCCCAUCUCUGUCUUAGCUGCUGGUAGAGGCAGCUUCUGGGGCAGUCCCCACCCCAAGCUUCUAGCUCUGUCUGCCUGAGACAGAACCUCCACCAGGAAGGCCCAGGCUUUGCUUUGGGGUGUGGGCACCCCCUGCCUUCCAGGCCCAGCUACCCUUGAGGCUGGGCCGGGACCCGCUGGCUGUAUCAGAAGGCCUCUAACAUGCUGGGUCUGCUGCAGCUUGUGCUUCUGUGACCAAGUCUGCCAGACCCUCACUGCCAAGGGGCCCAAGUCACCCCUCUUCCCCCGCACGGGCCUUCAGGGACACUGAACCCCAGCUGGUGGUAUGUAGAUGACACCUUGGCCCUCCCUGCGGUGCCCCCUGGUCCCUCCUGGACUCUUGAGCUGUCUUUUUGGCCCAGCACUAGUCCACCCUUGGGAAGGCUUCUGUGAUGGGGAGCAGCCCCCCCAGGUUGUCCAGGGUCACACCUGUGUCUAGAAUCCCUGCUUUCUCUGUAAAUUCAGCAGCCUGGCAUCUCCCCCUGGUCCCUAGGAGAGGAGAGCUGGCCCUGGGUCCUGCUUGCAUUGCCCUUGACCUCCACUUUGCACUUCCCCAGGAGGCAGGGGUGCCUGUUAACGAGCCCCCACCCCACAGACCCUCCACCAGAGAGCAGCUCUGCCCCAGGGGUCGUGUCAUUCCCGCGGGCUGCAGUGCUCGGCCACCCCCAUCCGGCUCCCUCUUCUUGCACUGCAGAGACUUUGGCUGCGCUCUGCCUCUGCUGCAAGCCCCCCCCUCCACCCGCCGGAUUCUGUGGACGGGGAGCAGGCCCAUUUUCAUAGGUGACUCGGAAGGGUGGGCUCUGACAGCUUCCUGCUCAGGCUGCUGCCCACCAGAUCCUGUGGCUCCUCCGCCUGGCCCUGACCCAGGACCCCCAGGAGGGAGAUGAACUUGACCACUUGGGUAGCGGGGAGCAGGUGGGGCCUCCCCAGUCCCUUCUCUAGCCUCUGCCUGUGCAGAUUUUACUUCUGGGGACUUGGAGCCAUGCAGGCCUGUGGGGACAGGGAGGGGACUCGCGGCUGAGGAGUGCCCAGGGCUAAGCAUGCGGGCGCAGCCAUUCCAACGCCUGCGGAGGUCUGUGUGCAGCGCCUUCCCCCUGCCUCCUUGCCCUUCCGCCUUUCGGUUUGGAUCCAGGGCUGUGGCCUUUGGCCUUAGCAGCUGACACACUGGCCCAAGCCUCAGACACACCUUUGACCAGUGCCUGGGUCACCCAAGGCUGCCAGCAGGGGCCCUUCUUCCUGGCAGGGUGCUGGACACUGGCCGCGUGUGCCCGAGGUUGCUGGGCAGGGGCAGCUCUGUCUCCUGCUGUCCCCGGGUCUCUCGCUGCGCAGCCUCGGGGUCUGAGCGGCGUGGGCCUUGCUCCCCAGCCCUGUGCCCCCUGGAACCCUGCCGAUCAGAUCGGCUCUCUUGAGGGCUUGCAGACCCCCCAGAAGCCAGGCCUUAGCCCCUCUGCACAUUCUCGCUGCCUGGGCCCAGGAGGAGGUCCAGCUUCGGGCCGUCUGCAGUGGCGCUGGCCUCUUCCCGUGCUCUCCACUCCGUGUUGACGGGACCUAGGAGAAUGUCAGGAGUCUCCAGUAUUUAACCAGACACCAUUCAGAGUGACGCAGGCGUGACCUCUUCUCCUGGAAGGCUUUGCGGUUUGACAGCCAACUUCUUAUAUCAUACACGCGUCUAGGCUUGCAGGGACAUCCUCUCUUCUCUGGGGGGCGGGAGGAGGUUGGGUGCCCAGGCCCCUAGGGGAGCAGCCUCUCCCUGGAGAGCGCCUCCCUGCCCCAAGUGGAAAGCUACCUGGUUCCCAGCCGAGAGCCUGGGCGCCACGGCAGCACAGCGCGCCCCCUGGUGGUGGUGAGCUGCAAAGGCAUCCUGGGGCGGAAGAGGUCACAGUGCACUUGGGGGAAGCCAGGUGCAGGUGGGCCCCGGAGGGGGGCGCCCCGAUUUCACCCAGGCCUCUGCCCCACAUUAAUGUCAGUAUGUCUCCCGGGUGCCCCUCUUCUAGGUCUCCCCCAGGGCUAGCAAGUUAAUUAGCAUAAGGGCACUGUGAUAGGAAGUCUUGCCCCUCACCCCUUUUUUAAUAUCUGCGGAAUAAACCCAAUGGUUGAUUUUUGAAUGAAUAAAAGGCUUUUGUUGAAUAAACAGCUGGUCCCAUCUUCUGUCUUGGAUCUAGGCUCAGACUGUCCACUCCCGGGGGUACAAGUAGGUCCCCACCGCCCACCCCCCACCCCUGCCUGCCCGUGCCCGCUCUCCUGGGCCCUCUAACGCCAGGGAGACCCCGGGCCCAUCUGACUGGCCAGCUUCUCCCCGGCUCGGGGCGGGUCACUUCUGUGUGUUGGGACUCAGUUUCUCCUCCGGGCAGGCGGGAGCCAGGUUCGCUCAGCCUGCCCCCUCCAGGGCGUCUUGGGGAGCAGACAAGGGCGUAACAGCAGAGUGAGGGACCCGCACAGCCGUCUGCAUGUGAUGCCCCCACGUGGCACGCGCAGCUUUGGGAAGAAAUUAGGGCAACUCUUAACCCAAAAGGAAAAAGAAGGCAGUGUCUGCUGGGGAGGCGCCUGAUCUGCCUUUCCCGCCCCUGCGGGCCUCUUGGGGUGCGUCCUGUCUCGUGGGCUGGUGUGCGUCUCGGCAGCGGCAGACCCUGCCGCCGGUGUGGGGGGCCCCCGUCGCAUGCCCGGCCCCUGCCCCUCCUGUAUGUCGUCUGUGUCACCAGAUUAAAAUCGCUUCCUGACUUGUCUGUCUCCCCGUGUGGACCUGUUGCUUUGUCUCCUUCGUUUUCCUUCCAUUUUAGGUUUUUUCUUCCUCCUGUGACGCCCUCUCUCCUGCUUUGGGUGUUGUCUGCUGGGUUCCCCAGAGAGAAAGGAGGUGCCAGGUGAGAACCUGGGAGCAGUGACUAAGCUAGAACAUUCCAAGAGUGUCUGGGAGGCCAGCUCU